CAGCACCCGGUUCCCGUCCUUUCCCACCCACCUGACCAAAUCCGAUCGAGCCGCACCAGCUCAGCCCGCCCCACCGGCGCCGCCAGCCCUGUCGCUCCGGCGCACGCACCUGCCGCAUCACCCCCUAAGCCGCGGCUAUCCCCUCCCGGACCAGCGUCAUCGCACCCCGGAGGGCCGCGCGGUUCGCACGCCGCGUCGAGGCAGCAGUCGGGCGGCCUCGGUUCGUCGCCGACCCCUUGGGGUGUAAUAGCAGCGCCUGCCUCUCGCUCAACAUCUCAUCUUUCCCUGCCAUAGCAUGCUUGGUUAGGUUAGUUUGGUCAUUUCACGUUUGUUAGGAAAUAUACAAACACCAGUUUGAUUGCGUCAGCAUAUGUUCUGUAGUGCAUACCUUGGAUGGAAGAAGUGUCUUAUUCUAGGAGUCGCAACAAGAGAGUUGUUGAGGACAUUAUUGAUGCCAGGGGUUUGAAGGAAGAUGAAGAGCAAGAUGAUGCUGACAACAGAAAGUCCCGGUCUGGUAUGUCAAGGAGGGACAUGCCCGUGGAUGAACUUGAGGAUCCUGGUGACAGCAGGCUGAGAUCUGCUGAUAGGAAUGAGUCAAGAAGGAAGUCCGUAUCUAGCUCAGGCCGGGCCUAUAGUGGUGAUGAAGACGAUUACGAUGUUAGAAGGGGUUCGCGGGUGUCGAAGAUUCGAAGAAGAAGCCCUGAAGAGAGAAGUGAGAAGAGAUUCUCUGAUGGGUACAAGGAUAGGGACAGGGAUAGCAGCAGGAGGAGGAGAGAAGAUGAGCAUGAUCCAGACUCUUCACGAAGAUCUAGCUCUAGAUCUUCUGACCAUGGUGUUUCUCAUAGUACAAGUAUAAGCAAGGCAGAGGGGCCAUAUGAUGGUAAGCAUGCCAAGGGUAUACAAAGUUUGGAAGUAAGAAAGGGUAGUAAGGAGAAUCAAGGGCACCGAAAUCAAGAGGAUCCUUUUUACCAGCGGAGUGUGGAUGAGGCUUAUUCAGACCGAAGAGCUGAUGGAACUGGUUCUGAUAGAUCUGAUACACGAGAUGGUUCAGAUCAGAGUAAUCACAGGGGUGAAUUACGUGGAAGCUUGGAAGACGACAAGAGGGGAAAUGGUUAUGCUACUAUUGAAAGCAAUGAUCAAGAUAGACUAUCAGUUGAUCCAAGGUGUGAGAGUGGAUCUCAUAUGUUUAGAGAGAAUAAACAUGUCAGUAUCCAAGAGAGGAUACCUAGUUCUAUUGAUGAUAUUGAGAGAAGUGACGACAAUGUGGAGACAAGAGAUAAGUUGCCUUGUCUUGACGAGGAUGGGCGUGCAUUGUUGAAGGAUGGAAAUAACAAAGAAGCUAGAGAUGAUAAGAAGUAUCCCGCCGCGAAGGAUGAGGGCGAUAGGGGUCAUUUGGACUCAUACGACGAAAGAAGCAUAAGCAUGAAGGAGAAAACAAAAGAGUAUGCUCAUGCAGAUCCAAACUCAUAUAGGGGAAGGGACAAAAACAGAGAGUUGGAAGGAUCUAAAGAAUACUCGAGGAAUCGUCAAAGGCAAGAUUCCAAGGAGGCAACUGACUAUGAUGCUGUUACAGAUAGGAGACAUGGCCAGGAAAGAUUAGAUGGCGGAAAUUUCCAUAGCCGGCCUGGGUAUAGGAAAGAUUUGAGGGGCAGAUAUGAGGGAAACAAAGGCCCUUUAUCAUAUGGCAACCGAUAUGACAGUUCCGAUUCAAUAGAAAUACGGCCUAACAGGAAUCUUGAUUUUGGAAGGGAGAGUCCUGUAUCUGUGAGAAGAAGUGACAUGGGAUCCCAUCAGGAUUUAAUGCCUGGAACAAAUGAUCCAUCUGAGGAUAAUAAAAAAAGUUAUGGAAGUGGUGAGGAUUUGCAGGAAAGAUACUAUGAAGAUGCUCAAAAUAUUGAUAAUGAUACUGCCAAUGAUCAAAGUGAUUCUCAAACUGGAAGAAGAGGAUUGAAAGGAGCAAUGACACCCAAUACUUCAGGAGCAGUUGAAAGUGGUAGUGGCAGUAGGAUCUCUCCAAUUCCUCAACAGGGACCAAAAGGUGGUAGACCUUCUCGAGGGCUAAGAGGAAGACCAAUUGGAAGGGACCCUCAGAGAGUGGGAAUUUCAGUGCCUAUGAUGCCACCGUCACCAUUUGGACCUCUUGGCCUGCCACCAGGUCCAAUGCAACCAAUGGGGCCAAACAUGUCCCAUUCUCCUGGUCCUCUCGGACAUGGUGUUUUCAUGCCACCAUUUCCAGGGCCACUUAUCUGGCCUGGAGCACGGGGUGUCGAUAUGAGUAUGCUUGCUCUUCCACCCAACCUUCCUAUGCCUCUCCAGAACUUCACUACCAGUGUGGGAGCUGGCCCAAACCACAACAUUCACAUGCAUCAAACAGACACUGGAAGAGGACUGGCAUCGGGAUCUGGUUUCAACCCAAUGGCUACACCAAGUCGUGAAAUUAUGCAUGAUAAACCACCUGCAGGCUGGACACCACAGCGGAACAGUGGGUCUGCUGGAAAAGCUCCUUCAAGGGGAGAACAAAAUGAUUACUCUCAGAAUUUUGUUGAUACUGGUAUGCGACCCCAGAACUUCAUUAGGGAGCUGGAGCUUACAAAUGUAGUGGAAGACUAUCCUAAGCUUAGAGAACUUAUACAGAGGAAAGAUGAGAUUGUUUCUAACUCAGCUUCAGCGCUAAUGUAUUACAAGUGUGACCUAAUGGAACAUGCACUUUCCCCAGAUUUUUUUGGCACAAAGUUUGAUGUUAUUCUUGUAGAUCCUCCAUGGGAGGAGUAUGUUCAUCGCGCUCCAGGUAUCACUGAUGACAUAGAGUAUUGGACACCUGAGGAGAUUAUGAAUUUGAAAAUUGAGGCCAUAGCCGAUACACCCUCGUUUAUCUUCCUUUGGGUUGGUGAUGGUGUUGGUCUUGAACAAGGCCGUCAAUGUUUGAAGAAGUGGGGAUUUCGUAGGUGUGAGGAUAUAUGCUGGGUCAAAACCAACAAGAAAAAUGCAACACCUGGUCUGCGCCAUGACUCAAAUACAUUGUUUCAGCAUUCAAAGGAGCAUUGUUUGAUGGGCAUAAAAGGAACUGUCCGACGCAGCACUGAUGGGCAUAUAAUCCAUGCAAAUAUUGACACCGAUAUAAUAAUAGCUGAAGAACCUACUGAUGGUUCCACAAAAAAGCCUGAAGACAUGUAUAGGAUCAUUGAGCAUUUUGCUCUUGGAAUGAGGCGCCUUGAACUCUUUGGUGAGGACCAUAAUAUUCGUCCAGGUUGGCUUACUCUUGGGAAAGCUUUAUCCUCAUCAAACUUCAACAAAGAGGCGUACCUGAAAAACAUCACAGAUAGGGAUGGGAAAGUAUGGCAGAGUAAUGGAGGGCGAAAUCCACCACCUGAUGCUCCUCACCUCGUCGUGACAACUCCGGAGAUCGAGAGUCUCCGGCCCAAGUCACCUCCACAUAAGAACCAGCAGCAUCAGUCAAUAUCAGUGCCCCUUGGCAGCUCCACUAAUAGGAGAUCUGGUGUGAGCACCCCACAAAAUGCAGUGACUGUUGUUGGUUCGGAAACCGUGAUGCCGCCGGGUUGGUCCUCCACUCCAAUGGCCGGUUUUGCAAACGCUGGAGGGAGGAGCUGGUCAUGAGAGCAGUCCAUUUGAUCGUUUUGGCUUCAGUGGCACCUCUUAUGGAAGACCAGGCGGAGAUCGUAUGGAUUUUGACACACACAGAUAGUUGUAACAUAAAUUAUAGGAUUUUGGCAGACAGAUUGUUGUAACAUAAGUUAUAGCCAUAAUUUUGUUGUAAGGAAACCAUUCUUUGGCACAUUUAUUGUUUUUUGAACUGGUGUAUUUAUUA